AUGCUUACCAUUGGCCACUCGCACUGGCGCUUCAACUUUGGCCUCUUCUGGCAGAUCUGGGACCAGAGUAUGGGCAGUUACCGUAAAUGCGACACCACGGCUCAGGACUACGAGUACUGGCAACAGUGGGCUUCCUCGGUUCAUGCCGUCAAAGACGACGCCGAGACACUCAAGGCAAAGCGAUGGCUGAGCAAGAGCCAGUCGAGUGAGGCUUCUAGACCAAAAAAGGUCGUUUAG